AGAGGUGAAGUUUGCUUUUCGGGGUGGAAAUAUGUGUUACAUAGGAAAGCUGUGUAUCAGACCAGAUUCUUCCCGCUGCUGUAAAUGUCCACCGAGCUGGACAGGACCGAAGUGUCGCCAAAAGCUAGACAAGGAAUCUGCAUGUCGGUCUAUGCCAUGUAAGAACGGUGGAACGUGUACCGAUACAGACACUUCUCAUGUGUGCGCGUGUAGCAAAGGAUGGACAGGACAGAACUGUGCAGAUUUUAAGGGUGCCUUCAAACACGAAUACGUAUUUAUGAUUAUGAGGAACCACUACUAUGCAUCCAGUCAAUCGUCACUGAUUUACAUGACAACAAAUACUCCAGCAAUUGUAGAAAUCACCACAUCAAACAAUCUGAAUCCCUCCCUAAAAUCCGCCAUUGACCAAACCAUCUUUUUUACCUCCCAACUUAAAAUUCCACUACCUCCUGAAAUGCAAAGCAUGUCUUUCAAGACAGAACCAAAAGCCGUUAAAAUUCGCUCAACAGAGGCUAUAACCCUUGUUCUAUUCGACAACAACUAUUCGCAAUCCAACGACGGUUCUCUGAUAUCCCCAGUAGAAAAACUCGGCACUCUGUAUGUGGAAGUAUCUUCUGAUCCUUAUGAUGAAAAGCAUCCAAUUUACAAUAGUGUAUUUGGUAUUGCUGCUUUGGAGGACGACACAUUGGUUAAGAUAGACGUGUUGUAUUAUGAUGCAGAGAUAAAUCAAAGCUUUACAGACCCCAGAGUAGUCACCUUGAAUAAUUUGGAGACCAUACAACUGGAGUACGAGGUAGAUUUAUCAGGAAGUUUAGUCGAGUCUUCUAAACCCGUGGCUGUGUUUUCUGGAAAUAGAUGCAACAUGUUUCCAGAAUCGAUAAGAUGUAGUCAUUUGAUGGAACAAAUGUCCCCAACUAGAGAAUGGGGCAGUAUGUACAUUGUACCAGCUGAUUUCAACAGCUGGGGUUCACGUUUGAUCAUAAUGACUGACGAGUCCUCAAGCACGACAGGCAAAAUAAUAGUAGGUAAAUCCCAGCAUGAUAUUACUCUUUUUCCGAGAACACCUUUUGAUUUUACUUUGAAGGCAAAGGAAACAGCAGUCAUCUACAUCCCUCAAGUCCGUGCCUCAGUAACCAGCUUUGUAAAAGGAAAUAAGAAUAAUGGUAACUCUGGUUCUCCAUACAUGGUUAAGAUUCCGAAAGUUCCUCAGACCAAAAGUCAAUACACCAUCCCUAUUCCUGAAGGCUACCUUACUAAUUACGUAACAAUUAUGAUCGACAAAAGUUCCAAAUCUGAUCUUCGACUUAAUGGACAAGCUAUAAAACAAACAAAGAUUCUUUUUGAAGACGAAAAUAUUCUGAAUGAUGGGCGGAUAGGAUCGAUUCUAACCGUGGAAGUUUCGCCUGGUGUUUUGAAUCUAGCUACAACAUCAGGUUCUCCGUUUGGUUUGCUUGUCUUUGGUUACCGGUAUCUAGAUUCCUAUGGAUUUGCAGGAAAUUUUGUUUAAGAAUAAAUAAGUUCAAACGACUGAAAAUACAUUGUGAUGUUUUC